AUGCAUAAUUAACUAAUUAUUCCUACUACUUUUCUAAAACGAAAAUCGCGUUAUUAGCUUACCAAAGAUUUAUUAACACUUCAUGCCUAUUCGCUAAGUCAUCAACAGUAUGUACCUACUCAACAAUCAAUUAAAGACCAAGCUGUCAGCAGUUUCAAGAAAUUGGAUUUUUAAUUAGAUUUUGUCCCAUAUAUAUUGCAGUCUACAAGUUCAAAUCUCUUUCAAACAACAUGUUGUUUUUUAAAGAAAUAUGUUGUGCUGUUAUGUUGUGCGUAGUUUUCAACGGGUCAGGAUUUAAAUUAUAUGAUGCUGAACCGCUUCUCAGAGGCGCACCAAAAAUAAAACUUGACUGGCGAAGAGCUGGAGGAGGUCCUGAACAUAGACCCCGGCGGCGAGUACACCACCAUGAACUUCCAGUAUGAGCACGACCAGUACCUGGGGCAGUUUGAAAACAGCGAUAAGGGAGAGCGAUGCUAUAACGAUCAUGUCAGGUGCUUGACAUCCAUCAUGGCCGCUUCUCGACCGGUCUGCGGAACAGAUUCCAUCGGAACCAGAAGUGAAUUCGGCUCCAUGUGUGACUUGUACCUGGACAAUUGCAAGAGACAACAGGCUUAUUGGACCGUCAUCGAUAGCGGGAACUGCACUAGAGCUGCGACAGUAUAUAUUUAUGAUUUUGACGAAACAAAAACCAUUAAAUCUUCAGGCAGAUAA